AGAGAAGGUGUUCUUCUACUACGUUGUCUGCAUGGCGAUCUUAUUGUGCAGAUCGAUCCGAAGCUAUUUCAAGAUCCCGGCCAUUAGCUCCCCUGGUCGUGGAUUUCUUUUGCUGGAAAUAUUCCCUCAGCCAGAUCGGACCUGAACUUCAAUGCCUCGACCGAGAAGGCCCGGGGCUCCGGAGCCGAAACGAAGGUCGCGCAAGGGCUGCUGGCCUUGUAAAGCACGCAAGGUGAAGUGUGGCGAGGAAAAACCAUCGUGUCUUAAUUGCGAACGCCAAAAUGAAUUGUGUGACUACAGCAUCAGACUGAACUGGGGAGGAAGGACCAGAAGAAAGUCAUCGGUAGACUCCCCGAUAUCGCAUGCAAGCAGUCCUUCAGGAACCUAUGGCUCGUUCUCGCUAUCGCCGGCGAAUACCUAUCAGUCCGACAAUUUAUCGUCCUCGCACUCACUCAAAGCCACAUCUCCAGAGUCCGAGAACACAGCACAAUUUUCAGCCACAGAGGAAUUGCAAUGGGAUGUCGAGCUUUCCGAACAGAUGGCAAUAGGGACUCCGGCAGCUUAUCCUAGAGGGUCGCAUGAUAUCCAUGAAUCUCCAAUCUUUGGCCAGACCCUUUAUAGCUCCAACCGUACAAAUGGCAAGAACUCUGUAGACAGCAUGAGGGCUCUGUCAUCCCGACAGGAUGGGACAUCCCCAUGGCCAAACCUGCCCCAGACCACCGCCGCGACUGCCUUUUCUGUCUCCGCUCCAACUUCUCUGGAAACCCCCAUCUCUCAUCCGUCUCCUGUGGACACGAAUUCCAGUAUAGGUUCUUGGGCUACCUUGAGCUUCUCGCCUGUCACGGCUCUGUCGCGCCCGGUCUCGUUUCUUCGGCACACCUCCGAAUCGCAUCAUGCGACACCCACAGAUAAUCGCAUAUCCGAUCAUGGCAUUGAGUUCAGCAGCUACUAUUCUGCGACCAACGCAAAAGCCACUUAUGACAACUAUCCGGUCCAAGAGACAACAGGCCUCCGCAGCUCAGGUUCACCAUACGCAGAAGAACCAGCCAUGUCGUCAUUAGACGCGAGCGAAGGAGCCCAAUCUCUAGAGGCACAGCCAUCCGAUCGCUCGGAAAGCUACCUCACCAAGAUUAUGAACCGUCCAAAAGCCUUGGUCCGCGACUUGCAUAGCAUGCAGAUGCCCGACGCUAACAUGCGCUUGCAUCAAUAUUCCGACACCUCCAGUCAAAGUAUGGCGCCAACGGAUGCCUCAAGCGCAGAGAGGAAAUGGCAAGCCUAUCUCACGAGCGUCACGGACAAUUACGGUCUGGAUCGCGGUCGUCCUGAUCUGGACGUGAAUAGGAAUGAUGAUCACUCCGCCAUUGAUAUCAACUAUGCUCUUGACUUGAUCAACUCACAGCGAAUUACUCCCCCGAGUUCCACCCCUCGAAGCGGCAACUUGGAAGGCGUGGAAACCGGCACCUUCGAUUGCAGCAAGUACAUGUAUUAUGCUUCGCCUGUACCGAUCAACAUCCCACGCUAUUUGUCUCCGCUGCCACCAUCGCUGGUCAAAACACCGAUCAACCUCAUGUACUUUCAUCAUUUCUUGAACCAUACGGCCAAGAUGCUGGUUCCGCAUGAUUGCGACGACAAUCCAUUCAUAUCCGUUCUCCCGACGAUGGCGAUUAGUGACUCCAACCUGCUCAAUUUGACACUGGCAUACUCCGCUAGCCAUCGGGCGAGAUACCUCGAGCACCCGGAGCCGGCGAAUCGGAUCGCGCAUUGGGUGAGCAACGUCUUCCCAACUCUGCGCUUAGCCCUGGAGGACCCCCACGAGAAGGUCACCGACAACCACCUGGCUGCUGCUAUCAUGCUGCUGUCGUUGAAGAUCGUCUCGCCCAGUACCUUUGAGGUCCCAAUUCCAUGGCAGAGCCACCUUAAACUGGCACGAGACCUGUUCUUCGCUCGGAGGGAGCAGCUGGCCUACCCGGGCAACCUGGUGGGGGCAUUCCUGACGCGCUGGCUGAGCUAUCUUGACAUUGUGGGAACCUUGUCCUGCCGCCACAGCGAGCCGCCCCCCUCGCUGGAUUAUGCAUCCGUUCUCCGCGCAUGCGGUGGUGGUGUCGGGGAGUACGACGAGUUCCACAUCGACUGCUUCACGGGGUUCACGCCACGAACCGGCCGGUUCCUCGCGCAGGUCGGGAGACUGACUCACCAGUGCGACAACGAACGGUUCGACGAGUCGUCGGGCACCUUCAACCCAGACUGGACCCCGUCGCCUGCUGCCGUCGUGGCCGGCGAAGCCCUCCUGGCGGACAUUGAGCUGUUGAAGAUUCACGCCCACGCCAACGGCACCCAUUUCCAUCUCGGUGACGGCAUGGACAGCCUGGCGAUCGACCGGGCGUUCCGGUACGCUGGACUUCUCCAUCUCCACCGUCGGGUGCUGGACACGUCGCCUCGCUCCGACCAGGUCACCCAUGCCUGGGACGAGCUGUGGAAGGCCAUGGUCGAGAUCCGACACGGCGCCUCGGCCGAAGUAGGCGCGUUGUUCCCUCUGUUCACCGCGGGGUGUGAGACCACGGACUCUCAUGUCAGGGCAGAUAUCCAAGAGCGGUUCGCAAUGAUGGAACGAACGGGGAUGAAACAGAUCCAGAAUGCGCGGAAAUUGAUGCAGCGGUGCUGGGAGCAGGAUCUUCCGUGGAUUGCUCUGGCAGAAGGAGAAUUCCUCGGAUAACUUAAUCAAUUGUGUCGUUGAGUAGAGAGGGUUCGGCAAAGUACAUU